CUUACGUAUGAAUCAAACUCCAAGGAGAAGAUAUUUCUAUUUAUUGAAAUGAGAAUUUAAUUUGAAGUACCAAAAAAAGUUGCUUCACUCCCUCGUUUUCUUCCUCCGUCCCCGAACUUCCGCUACGUUACACUGCUAAGCAGUAAACACAAACACUGUCUGCACUUAAAAUGACAGGAAAUGGAAGAAGAACCACUCGCAGCGGAGAGAGAUCGUCUUCCGAAAGGUUGAAUCGUCACAGAGAAAGAAGCAAAUACGGAAGCUUCAUUCCGAUGUUCAACAAUGGCAAUUUCAAAGUUGGGUUCGGUAUCGUCUUGUUUUUGAGCCAUUAUUACCUCGCCAAUUCAGCUGCAGAAGAUCGUAUUCCUCGCGUUGUGACGCCGUUUCCCGCGCCAAAGAUAACGGACCUUCCUCAGUUUGAAGGUGAGCACAAAGAGAGUUUGUAUUGGGGAACUUAUCGUCCUCAGGUCUAUCUUGGAAUUCGUGCCAGGACUCCAAAAUCUUUGAUAGCUGGAUUAAUGUGGAUUGUUGUGAAGGACGGCAGAUAUCACUUGCGGCAUGUUUGCAAACAUGAGGAUAACCUCAGUACUUAUGGUUGGACUAAGCACAAUGGACGAGAUUUUGGACAUCAAGUGCUGGUUGACCAUGGCAUGGCCAUCACCACUGGGUUUUUAAAAUCAAAAGUGGAAGGCAGUGGCUAUGGAGGGGAUUGGGCAGUUCGAAUUAAUGUGCAAAUUGAUAAGUCCAAGUGGAAUGUGGAAUUUGGGAGAGGUGCCCAGCUCUUUUUCUAUUUGGCUGAUGAAGCUGGUAAUGCUCUAAACUUAAGUAGAAAAAACUUGAACGUUCAUACGGAUUCUUUGGUGGCAUCUGGCUCUCGAGAAGACAUUGGAGAUUGGCAGCUACAUUUAAAAUCAAUGGAUGAUUUGGAGCUGCAUUAUUCUGGAUUUCACACUCCUCACUUUCACAAUUUGUCCAAUCUUGUUGAGGAAAAUCUUGCAUCACAAAUAAGGAAGCAUGCUCGAUUGCUGCUAUCUGACUCAUCAGAUGAUUCUCCAAAUGUAUUAGUUUUUCAGAUUAUUGGUGGAUUUUCUUUCACAACAGAUGUUAUAUUUAUCUCUGGAACUGAUUCAGAAAGUUCAAUAGUGGAAAAGCGUGCCAGCAGUCUUACAGGAACCUCACUGUCCAAUCAGCUGAAAUACAAAGAACAAGCAUUUGAUGAAAAGUUUGAGAAAAUUUUCAAUUUAGCUGAGAAGGUGGAUUCAGAAUCCAUAUCUGUUGGUAAGGCAGCUGUUGGAAACUUGUUAGGUGGCAUUGGCUACUUCUAUGGUCAGUCAAAGAUUGCUGUUUCAAGAAUCUCUAAUCUUAGUGAGCAUGUUGAUUAUAUAUCAUAUUGGCCUGCUGAGCUUUACACAGCUGUACCAUGUCGACCUUCCUUUCCAAGAGGAUUUUUAUGGGAUGAAGGUUUUCAUCAACUAAUAAUCUGGCGUUGGGAUAUCCAUAUUUCAUUGGAUAUCAUUGGACACUGGUUAGAUUUGAUGAAUGCUGAUGGAUGGAUACCACGUGAACAAAUUCUCGGGGCUGAAGCACUCAGUCGGGUUCCAGAGGAAUAUGUUCCUCAGCAUCCAACAAAUGGAAAUCCUCCGACUCUGUUUUUAGCAUUAAAUGGUAUAAUUAAUGGAUUGAAGAAUAAUGAGUUUACUGCAACGGAUAAAACUGAGAUCUCUCUGUUCCUGGAGCGUGCCUUUGUUCGAUUAGAAGCAUGGUUCCAAUGGUUCAAUACAACUCAGUCAGGGAAACAGAUGAGCAGCUACUAUUGGCAUGGACGAAACAAUAGAACUAUAUAUGAAUUAAGUCCCAAGACACUGUCAUCUGGAUUUGAUGAUUAUCCACGUGCUUCACACCCAAGUGCAGAUGAGCGCCACGUGGAUCUUAGAUGUUGGAUGUUACUUGCAACCGAUUGUCUGCAAUACAUUGAAGAGUUGUUGGAUAAGGAAACUAAACCUGGCAAAAAUUAUGGUUCUACUGCUAAAUUACUAUCAGAUGUCGAGUUACUGAACCAGAUGCAUUUUGAUGAUGCACAUGGUGCUUACUUUGAUUUUGGAAAUCAUACAGAAAAGAUUCAACUUAAAUGGAAAGAAGUGGAGAUAGGACACAAUCAUACUGCUCGCCAACUUGUCAGGGUUGUUUUAGAGAAGCCCGUAUUGAGAUUGGUUCCUCACAUUGGUUAUGUUAGUCUAUUCCCAUUCAUGGGGAAGAUCAUUCCAUCUGGAUCAUGGAUUCUGGAAAAGCAGCUUGAACUCAUUUCAAAUCACAGUCUCUUUUGGACUGGCUAUGGACUGCGAUCGCUUGCCACGACAAGUUCCUUGUACAUGAAAUUCAACUCUGAGCUUGAGGGUCCAUAUUGGAGAGGUCAAAUUUGGAUAAACAUGAAUUACAGAAUUCUUUCAGCGCUCCACCAUUACUCCAAAGAGAAUGGACCAUAUCAGGACAGAGCUAAAGCUAUCUACAAAGAACUGAGAAGCAAUUUAAUUAGAAAUAUAGUACGCAAUUAUCAACAAACUGGAUUUUUGUGGGAACAGUACGAUCAGAAUAACGGUAAGGGAAAAGGGUCACAUCCAUUUACCGGCUGGACAUCACUUGUAGUAUUAAUCAUGGGGGAAGAAUAUGACAUAAUUUAGAAUAACUACGUUACCCAAGCAUUGGACCUUUUAUUCACUGUGGAGUAAGCAAACCAGCAAGAGCUUCAUAGCAUAUUACAAGAUGGCCAUCUAAUUUCUCAUAAGGCUAUCAUACUGCAACAAUGUAUAAUAACCCUCCAACUCCCUUGGUGGGUGUCAAAUUGUCAAUGAUAAUGUAUAAUGUAUGGGUCAUUUCAAAUUAAAAGUUCUGUCAACAAAAAUAAGUGGAGGCAAAAAGUUAUCAUUCCAAAAGUUCCUCUGUGUGUUUAGGCGUCACUAUCAAUGAUCCUCUUACACAUUUUCGGGGUUAAAACAUUCCUCCACCUUCAUACUUUUCAGAAGCUACCGCAACAUUCCAGGAAAGUUCCAAUUGUACUACAUCGGUAAUCAGAAGGCAGGAUUCUAAAAUUCUUUCGACUCGAUUAUGAUAGUAAAUUAGUAAUACGAGGCAUGAAGUUCUUCAUUAUAAACAAGUAAUUUCUUUGCAAUUAGUGAGGGAGCAUAUCUUAUGAUGGAAGCUCAAAGAGUUCAAAACAUAAAAAGAUUAUUUCAUGUAAAACAAAGGUAACAUAAUGUUUAGAGAUUUCUGGUCAAGGGCCAUUACAAUACCAUGGAUUUUAUAAAGUAUGGACUCGUAAAAAGUGUUGGCCAUGGAUUUUACAAAGAAAAUGGCUAAUUGAUCACUAUCCAAGAUUAAUGUGGAUUGAUGUUGUGUCCAA